UAUAACGACCUGAGCUGCAAAGAAUACUCGCAUUACUCAAAAUACGAAAUGCUGAAAAUACUUCUGCUCCUCUCUUUGUCAAGCGUUGUUGUGUUCGCUCAAGAACACCAUUGUGCUGCGCCAUCAUACUUUGAAGCCACAAUACUGCAAUAUGACCAUUACACCAAUUACUAUCGUCGAGGGAAAAUCUUCUACGAUGCAUUCCGCAAACGUGUGCGUCUGAUUGAAAAGACGUCAGAGAUGGAAACCAGGCCUACUGUGGAUAUGCUCCUUCUUUUCGAAGAGAAAAAGAACUACACAAUAAACAUGAAAACUGGAAAGUGCCAUCAGUCUCAAACCGAAGGCGAAUUUCAUCGCAUUGGAAUAGAAAAAGGAGAUCACUUCGCUCAAGAUAUGACAAUCGGCGUUCUUCCGCAUGAUGGAGUCGAACUUAGCGUAUGGAUCAGAUAUGAAAAUACAACAUCUUCGCAAGGAAUGCACAUCCACGAAUUUACCCACGAUCAUUGCAUACCGUUCUACCAUUCAUUUGAAGGUUCCCAUGAUGGACAUAAAGUACAUUAUCACAGUAGCUAUUUCAACGUCGUGACGCAAGUAUCUGAUCCAGAUAUAUUCAUGGUUCCAAAAGAAUGUUAGGCACGAUUUGACGCGCCAAUACCGAUGCCGUAGCUUCUCUAACUUGUAAUAAUAUUGUUGAUGUGUGCAAGAUUAAAUAUGCAAAAUCAUGAGUUACGUAUACCCGAACAAUUUGCCAUUGAAAAUUAUAUAUAUCACUUACCUUUGAUCAUUUCUGUUUUUGGAAUAAUUACAUAUGUGCGUGCAAGAUAUAUAUACGAGUAGAUACUAUCAAUAAAAGUCUAAGUCCUUUAACACGAUGUUUGUUGUUUACUAGUAAUGGCUGGUCAUUAUCGGAUCUUGUCUUUCAUAAAUUAUUAUUUUAGUAAAAGUUAAAAGUAGUUUUACUUUCGCCCUUAUCGAUGAGUCAAUUUAAUUCUGCGAGAGAAAUAAAAAAAAUCGUUCACACGUUACACUUUUAAUAAAUAUUUUUUUCUUGAA